AUGACAUCAACAAUAGUAUUUACACCUACUGAAGCAUCUGCCUUACCUGCAAUCUUAACUAAUGCACGAGUACAACUUACUCGGUACGUCUAUUGCCCAUCGUUUAUUAUUGGAAAUAUCGGUAAUAUUCUUAAUAUUAUUGUCUUUUGUCAAGAACCGUUACGUACAAGUGUAUGUUCAAUCUAUUUUUUGAUUGUGUCCAUUGCUAAUCUUAUGUCAAUCAAUAUUGGCUAUUUGACAAGAGUAUUAGCAAUGCUUGAUGUACCUGAUCCAUCUCGCAAUGUGGCUUGGUAUUGUAAAGGUCGUGCUUACAUAUCAGGAUUAUCCUUAACACUUGCACGUCACUUUUUAUGUUUGAUUGCGAUUGAUCGCGUUUUUGUGACAUCAACUCGUGUUCCUCUACGACGGUUAAGCUCUUUCAAAACAGCUAAAUGGCUUGUACCAGUAAGUUGUUUAAGUUGGGCAAUUUUUUAUGUGCAUACUUGGAUCGGUUAUGAAAAUACGCGUGGUGGAACGAGUUGUGGUCGGCGAGCAGGUUUUUACAGUACAUUCACAACUGUAUGUACAGUAUCGAUUGAUGCAAUUUUACCUAUUAUUAUUAUGACAGUAUUUACUUUACUGAUGUUGAAACAAGUGCAUGCAUUACAAUUACGCAAAGAGAAAAAUGCCAUUAUAGCAGGAAGGCAAGUGACCACUGGAGGAUCAUUGAUGAUUACUUCUUUGGCAAAUAGAACUAGCAAUCAGGAUGGAACAAAUCACGAAGCAAAUAAUCGUAGAACAGAACGACAAAGAGAAAAACAAUUAACAAAACUUUCACUUGUACAAGUUCUUCUCUACAUUAUAUUCAAUUUACCUAAUGCUGUUUAUGUUGUUUACAUGCUGGUUGUAACCAAUGAAACGAAAACACCUGAUCGAUCGGCAAUAGAAAGUUUUGUUAGUUUAUUCGCUUCUAUACUGACAUAUAUUUAUUGUACACUCAAUUUCUACAUCUAUACAUUAUCAUCAACAACAUAUCGAGCGCAAACGAAACAAGCUCUUCGAAAAUGUUUCAAUAUGCGACAAACACAAGUUUUUCCUAUUCAAAAUUAA